CACUGAUAUUAAAACUCAUCAUUGGAGGCCCCCAACCCCCGGAGGAGAGACGAGCGACCAUGUUUUACAACUUUUCCUGAACUUUAUUAGAAAAUACAUUUGACCUACAACUACACUUUUGUCAAAUUCAUAUACUUAAUUCAUUUGAACAACAAAAAUGCGACGCCUCUCGACGUCUCUGCUCUUUUAUUCGUAUGCCCCUUCCCUUCUCUUGUCCUCGACGAACCUGAAAACGGUUCUGGCGGAUGAUGGUGAGACCGUACAGGCCGAUCCAAGCUACAUUGAGAUCAUCAACGGCAUUCGAGAGUUUCGCAACGGACUCGUGGAGCAUUUCGAUCAAGUAGCGCAGGCGCUGGAGAAGGGAGCUAUGGAGGCUUUGACGUGGUCGUGGAAGUGGAUAUAAUAGAUUCGCUUAGUAAGUAAUACGGUCUUCUCAGAUUCGCAUUCACAAGUUUGCUUCAAUAGUGCUUUUAUGUGCUCUUGAGCGUGAAGCGCUUCUACAACUAUGGUGAGCAGGUGAAGCGCUUCUAUUUCUCUACGCCGCCCUGUCCUCGAGGCAAGAAACUGAUCUUCGAUUGACUGAUUGCUUGACGUUGACUCUCUAAUGCCCCCGACACUUCCGCCCCUGCGAGAUCGGAUCAGCCUGGACUAGUGCGAAGCUUCGCCUCCAACUGGCUCUCCCUUCUAGGUUGGAGUAGCGGGAUCACGGGAUUAGCCAAGGACUUCGUCACAACCUAUUUCGGUCGUAGCUUUUUUCACGACCACAAUGGCCCACUCUUAGACGCCUUGCGGCAUGCAGCUCAAGCCAUUUUGCGGGAUGACAGAGCACAGAGGUUUCCUAGGGUACUGAUUUUGUUUUGCGUUUGUUACGUUUGUUAAUAUUACAUCCGAAUAAAUAUUUCUAUUUAUUAUAGGGCCGGCACUGAAUUCAUUUGCUGUUUUUCACUGCCGUAGUAAUUCGAUGGUGACCUCUACGAAACGAAGGGAAUUACUUCUCAGAAAUUACAUAUGAUAAAUAGGCUUUGCGUUCGCUAACGGACGUCGGAUAUCGCCUUUUCUCGGAAGAGGGACCUCUACGCACUCUCUUCAUGGAAUUAAGGGACUUGCAGUUAUGAAGAAGCAUGGACGCAGUUUCGAGAAUAAACAUAAGUUGCCUUAUCGUAUGAUGAAUAAGCGAACUCUUCAUCUUUCAAAAACGCAUAAUCAACUAUCUUGAUCUGCUUUCUUUUCUACACGUAUCUAAUCUAUCUUCUCUAACACCAAAGCACCCGAAAAUUACUGAAGCCUUGUCUUCUUCCGGAACCAGGGACACACUUGAGGCGCUUUCCAAGGCUUUGAAGUUUCUGACGAAGGACCUCAAGCACCAUAAAGUGCCAGACUUGGAUGACGAUGAUUCAGGAGAUGACGUGGAAUUGUAGCUCGUCUGAUGAGGAUGAGAAGUAGGGUGGGAGGAUAGAGAUCUACUUUUAAUAUGGUUGAUGAACAGCAGAGACAUGAUUACGCACCUCUGCGGAUAUUCAAGUGAAUGAUUUUGGUGCUAGUGCAUGCGCGUGAAGUCUUCAUAGAGACUGGCUGAGACUUUUUUUUGUGCAUUUCCAUGAAAAGAAAGAGCAGCACGCUUAUCCAUGGGCCUCACACGAGUUGCCAAGAAAAACGAUUUUUCAGCGUCUUCUCUACUCGGAAAAGUGCAAGACAUGACAU